UGGCGGCGGAAGAUGGAGCCGGAUUCGGCGCAGCGGCAGCUCUCGGUCACCAUCGCUCACAUCGUGCAGCGGCUCCGGGGCUCGAAACUACACUCGGAGCUGGAACGGGAGGCCAGGACUUGCCUUCACAAAUCUGAAGUUCGGAUUGAAUCUUUGAAGGAGGAUCUGAAGGACUUCUUACGGAAAUCAGAGAAAUAUGGAAAUGAAGAACCAGCUAGGGUGAACUGGGAAAAGCGUGUUCUGAAAAGUUUAAACAGCAUGUGUGCAGAGCUGGCUAUUCCUUUAGCAAAAAAGAGGUCAACAGAUGAACAGAAGGAGCUUUUGAACAAGUGGAAUGAGAUGGGGACUGAUGAACCAGAUUUGAGCCAGUUCCGACCAGUAUAUGCCCCGAAAGAUUUUCUAGAGGUGCUAAUUAAUCUUCGUAAUCCAAAUUAUGAUGGUGGUGAUCCAACUGGUCUGCGCAGUAGCUGGGGCUUAAUCAGUAUUCCUUUGCCAGUAAAAGACCUUCCCGAGCUGAGGGAUCUGUUUGCUGAGCUAGCUUUAAACUAUGAACAACUUGGAAUUGAUGACUCGAUGCAGAUCCCUACAGAGUUGUUUGAAAGUGAGUAUAUACGUCUUGGUCAAAGAGUUUUGUCUGAACAAGACAGUGCUGCAGCUCAGCAGUACAUUCGACAGGGUUGUCCUACAGGACUACGAGCAGAUAUGUGGGCACUCAUUCUGAAUAUUGAUAAUCAACUGGAGGUAAUGAACUUCUCAUUAUGCUACCUUUUAUGA